AUGAUCUGCCUCGACUUCAUCCACAUAGAAUCCAGACCCUUCGUCUCCCUCUUCCUCUCCAUCCUCCUCCCCCCCCUCAAAAUAAUCCUCACUCUCACCUCCUCCAUCCUCUUCCUCACCAGCCCCUUCCUCACCCCCCUCAUCCUCCUCCUUCUCGUCCUCCUCCUCGUCCCCUACGCCCUGUGGCUCGUCCUCUUCCUCGUCGAAAACAUCGCCAGCCUCCUCACCCUCCCCUUCGAGCUCCUCUGGGAGCCGUUGGGCUGGCUGAUCAACAUGAUAACCGAGAGCGCAAGAGCACAACAGGAGCGUCACGUCCACUGGAGGCGGAGGGGGAGGGCUCUGGGGCCGCAAGGAGGGCGCGCAAAGAGGGUUUCGGUUUGGGAGGGGAGGAACAAAGACGACGAAGCCGACGACGACGACGGCGGCAACGACGAGUACGUCGACUACUACCAGAGGGAGUACACAUAUGGUGAAUGGGGGUCGCAGGUGGGGGAUCCGCUGAGGGGUCCGGGGGCGAGGGAGCGAUACAUGACGGGGCGUAGGGCGAGGUACUUUGUUUGA